AUGAUUGAGCUGACCAAUCAGAGUCCACCGUCCUCAGGUCCGCCCUCUACAGGUCCACCGUCCUCAGGUCCGCCCUCUACAGGUCCACCGUCCUCAGGUCCGCCCUCUACAGGUCCACCGUCCUCCGGUCCACCUUCUACAGGUCCACCGUCUUCAGGUCCACCGUCUUCAGGUCCACCGUCCUCAGGUCCACCUUCUACAGGUCCACCGUCUUCAGGUCCACCUUCUACAGGUCCACCGUCUUCAGGUCCACCGUCCUCAGGUCCACCUUCUACACGUCCACCGUCUUCAGGUCCACUGUCCUCAGGUCCACCUUCUACAGGUCCACCGUCUUCAGGUCCACCUUCUACAGGUCCACCGUCUUCAGGUCCACCGUCCUCAGGUCCACCUUCUACAGGUCCACCGUCCUCAGGUCCGCCCUCUACAGGUCUGCCCUCUACAGGUCCGCCCUCUACAGGUCCACCGUCCUCAGGUCCGCCCUCUACAGGUCCACCGUCCUCCGGUCCACCUUCUACAGGUCCACCGUCUUCAGGUCCACCGUCUUCAGGUCCACCGUCCUCAGGUCCACCUUCUACAGGUCCACCGUCUUCAGGUCCACCUUCUACAGGUCCACCGUCUUCAGGUCCACCGUCCUCAGGUCCACCUUCUACAGGUCCACCGUCUUCAGGUCCACCUUCUACAGGUCCACCGUCUUCAGGUCCACCGUCCUCAGGUCCACCUUCUACACGUCCACCGUCUUCAGGUCCACUGUCCUCAGGUCCACCUUCUACAGGUCCACCGUCUUCAGGUCCACCUUCUACAGGUCCACCGUCUUCAGGUCCACCGUCCUCAGGUCCACCUUCUACACGUCCACCGUCUUCAGGUCCACUGUCCUCAGGUCCACCUUCUACAGGUCCACCGUCUUCAGGUCCACCUUCUACACGUCCACCGUCUUCAGGUCCACUGUCCUCAGGUCCACCUUCUACAGGUCCACCGUCUUCAGGUCCACCUUCUACACGUCCACCGUCUUCAGGUCCACUGUCCUCAGGUCCACCUUCUACAGGUCCACCGUCUUCAGGUCCACCUUCUACACGUCCACCUUCUACAGGUCCACCGUCUUCAGGUCCACCUUCUACAGGUCCACCGUCUUCAGGUCCACCUUCUACAGGUCCACCGUCUUCAGGUCCACCGUCCUCAGGUCCACCUUCUACAGGUCCACCGUCUUCAGGUCCACCGUCCUCAGGUCCACCUUCUACAGGUCCACCGUCUUCAGGUCCACCUUCUACAGGUCCACCUGUGUCUUUGUGA